AUGUCGGCAGCGUCGGCAGCCGUCGAGGUCCGUCCGUCCCCCACCAAGGGACGGGCUCUCGUGUCUACACGCACCGUCGCCCCGGGCGCAACGAUCCUGAUCACGUCGCCCCCCCUCCUCCUGCCGUCCCUAUCCCACGCCACCACAGUAUGCACUUACUGCCUGCGCACGGGAGGCACCGGCAGCCUCCGCGCCUGCACGCGCUGCCAGUCAGCGCGGUACUGCGGCGCCGACUGCCAGAGGGCGCACUGGAAGGCCGCUCAUUCCAGGGAAUGCAAGCCUCUGGCCGAGGUGCACGGGGCUGGGAGGGGGGAUCUGCCCACGCCCGUCAGGCUGCUCAUGCAGGUCCUUCUCGGGGUCGGGGACACCAGCAGCAAGUCCAAGGCCAAAGGCAAGGGCAGGGAAAAGGUCGAGGGAGGGGCUGAGGGAGAGGAGAGUACAAGGGUCAAGGACGGAUUGGCCGACUUGGAGAGCCAUGUCGAGGCUUGGAGAAGCGGUGCGCAGUGGCCUGAUGUCGAGAUGAUGGCUACGGCGGCCUGUGCGUAUGCUGGGUUGGAGACGGAUGAUGACAAUAUCAAGAAAGCGUGUGAAAUCAUGUGCAAGAUUCAAACAAAUGCCUUCAACUGGGCAGACCCAGAUAUGGGCCAGGUAGCCGUCUUCAUCGAGCCCACGCUCGCCAUGAUGAACCACUCGUGCAUGCCCAAUGCCAUGAUCCAGCUCAUCGGGAGGAACAUUGUCCUGCGUGCAGAGACCCAUAUCCAAGCAGGAGACGAGAUUGAGAUAUCCUACACCGACUACACACGACCUAGGUCGUCGCGCAGGCACGCCUUGGAGACGUAUAACUUCCAAUGCCGUUGUCUCCGCUGCACCGACGACCUGAACGUGUACCAGGCGUGCGCGGCGUCUCCCAGGACUGACAUCAACGGCAUGAGCGUGGCUCCGGACGUCGCCAACGUGGCCGCCCACCCCGCCGUGACCAACAAGGCGGGCAGGGCGGACGCGGCGCGUGCCAUCUCCGAAGAGGCCACGGCUCAGUGCGACUCCAUCGUCAAGUCCAGCACGCCCACGCCGCAGACCUCCAUGCUGCGCGCCCGCUACCUGGCCUGCGAGCCCCUCGUCUCGCUGGACUUGUGGGCCGUAUCGCCCCUGCCGCAGCUCGUCGUCGACAUCGCCGUCCUCCACGCGGACCGGCAGGACUGGCCCGCCGCCCUGGCCACGGCCUGCCUGGCCGCCACGGCCUGCGACGCCUACCGAUACAAGCCGCCCUUCAACCCGAUCCGCGUCAAGGGCCUUUUCCUCGUGGCCAAGCUUCUCUCCAACACGGCUGCCUCGGGUGCCGCCAUCGACUAUGACGACGACGCUCACGGCGGUGGCAGCGCCGGCACCAGGGCCGUCGGCGGCCCCGCCGUCGACAGGAAGCUCCGAGAGACGCUGAGAUACAUCGACCAGGUCUCUCUCUGCCAGAUCCUGCUCAUCAUGGUUCUCCAGCUCGCGCCCCAGGGAGGGCUCGCCCGCCAGUGGGAGCUCACCAGGGAUGCCUACGACAUGCUCCAGGACAUAGGCCAGUUGCCUGGCCGCGAGGGUGAGACCUCCCUCAUCAGAACAUGGGCGGCCAACCCGCGCGACGCGCAGUCAGAGGCCUUCUUCAAGUUUGCCGUUGUCGAUCCCAUGAAGGGCCUGUCUGAACUGGGCAUGGAGGUGCUCAAAGGCGAAUUCGGGAGU